AUGAAGAAGAGGAGGAAGAGGAGCCGCAAGCUCGAUCGAGCUAAGUUUGGGGGUGCCAACUCGAGCUCGAUCGAGUUGGGUGUAAAAACCAGAAAAGUGGUCUUUUGGAGCAUUCUGGAGCAUAUGGGACAAGGAGCAUGGAGGGACUUGGCACAUGGAAGCAGCUCAACUGGAUACGCAAAGGAAGAAGGGAGAAGCCAUCUUGAAGACCAGCUCGACCGUCCACUCGACCAACCGGUCGAGUUCCUCAACUCGACCGGCCAAGCUUCAACUCGAUCGAGCUGGAAGUCAAAGUCAAACCCGAAAAAUGUUGCUUCCCCCUUGACUUUCCUUUGA